AUGGGAAACGAGCUCUCAGGGGUGAGGAUGCGGUGGGUGGGCGGGUGGGCGUGGCGUGUGGGUGGGGCGGUGGGCGUGAUAUGGCUGGUGGGCGUGGCGCUGCUGGCUCCCCCCGGGCCCUCGGCCACCACCAAGGACCCGCGGCUUGCACAGCGCCUCCAACGGGCCGUACAUGAGCUCGACCUUCUCAAAAAACAAAAUGAUGACAUUAGACAAGUUCUCCACGACUUUACCAAACAGGUAACGUCCAUGAACGAUGAAGGAGGACAGGAAGGAGUACAGACAUCUAAUGGCAACACAGCCAUGGUGGUUGAGUUGCAGAAGAAGCUGGAACAUGCUCAACGAAUGCUGCAACAGGCUGAUGUUACUGCUGACCACAAAUCAGGGACAUCAGACUUUACACCAUCACUUGAGUUUGAGCAGACUAGAAGACUAAUUGAAAUGGGAGUGCAGGAAUCAUGGUGGUACAUCUCUGAUCAGCUCCAGCAACUUCGCAAAAAAGUUGGAGUUCACUCUGACUUCACUUCACACAUAGACCAAAUAUUAGAAGAAGGAGCAGACCACACAAGAGUAACCCAGUUUGAUCUUCAUCGUCUAAGUCAGUUGGAUGGCUUAGGGUCAUGGAGAGAACAAGAGGCAGCAGAUCUUAGUGGCUUAAUUCAAAACAGACUCCACGCCCUUCAGCACCCUCCUGAUUGUUCUAAAGCCAGAAAACUUAUUUGUAAUCUUAAUAAGGGUUGUGGUUAUGGAUGUCAAAUUCAUCACGUUGUGUACUGUUUUAUUGUUGCGUACGGUACAAAACGAACUCUCAUUUUGAAGUCCCGUGGGUGGCGAUACAAUAAAGCAGGCUGGGAAGAUGUCUUCCAACCACUCAGUGAAACCUGCACUGAUCCUUCUGGAUACAGUCACUCCCACUGGCCAGGCUUAAAUGAAACUCAGGUUGUGGAUCUGCCUAUCAUUGAUACCUUAACACAACGUCCAACAUAUCUACCCCUGGCCAUCCCUCGGGACAUUUCUGAGCGUUUGGCAAGACUUCAUGGAGAUCCACCUGCUUGGUGGGUUGGGCAGUUCCUAAAAUACAUGCUGAGGCUUCAACCAAAAACACAGGAAAUGCUGGACAACAUGGCAGAAACCUUAGGAUUCCAGAAGCCAAUAAUUGGAAUACAUGUACGAAGGACUGAUAAAGUUGGAACAGAAGCAGCAUUCCAUGGCAUUGAGGAAUAUAUGAGUCUUGUUGAGAAUUACUACACAGCCCUCAAGUUGCGUCAGCCAGAUGUAGUGAAGAGAGUCUAUUUAGCAUCUGAUGAUCCAACUGUUAUUACGGAAGCUCAAAGAAAGUAUCCAGAUUAUACCUUCGUUGGGGACCCAAAUAUUGCCCGCACAGCAGCUGUAGCAACACGAUACACAGAUGCAUCACUGAAGGGUAUCAUUGCUGACGUACACUUCUUGUCACUGACAGACUAUCUUAUCUGUACCUUUUCAUCGCAGGUUUGUCGAAUAGCAUACGAGAUAAUGCAGGGCAUCCACCCUGAUGCCUCCAGUUACUUUAAAUCCUUAGAUGAUAUUUACUACUAUGGAGGGCAGAAUGCUCACAAUCAGAGGGCCCGGUUUCCUCACAGCCCAAAGAGGUCUGAUGAGAUGACCCUCAAAGUUGGUGACAUAGUGGGAAUAGCCGGUAACCAUUGGGACGGUUAUUCUAAAGGUGUGAACCGCCGCACCCGACAAAAUGGCCUAUAUCCUUCAUAUAAAAUGGAGGAAGCAAUCAGUAUAGCAGACUUUCCAUCAUAUGCAGCGGUCGAUGAUAAGAGAAGUAGAACGUAAUUAUUUGAUUGUUUUAGAAUUAUUUAAAUAAUUAUUUUACGUUGUGAUAUUCCUUCAUUUUCAUUUCGUGCCAGUUUGAUUUUAUAGACUAUAAGAAUUUUUCCCAUUGAAAUCAAUAUUAAAAUUUAUUGGCACAGAAAUUGCCAUCAAAAGAAAAAUAUAAUGUUUAAUUUGUGUGAUGUAUAGUUCUACUGCCAAACCUCCAAUGGCAUUUUCAGUUACACAGAAACAUUGCUCAUCGAAUUUCAUACAAUGUAAAUUUCAUCUGGAUUACUAUACAAGUACUUGUAAACUAUUUUAAACAUAAUGUUUAUUCCAUACAGAUUUAUCUCCUGUAGUUUCUUAAGUAUUCCUCUAUUUUUGUAAUUAAAUAUAUCACUUGACAGUUUCA